GGAGGCGGGGCACAGCAUCCUAUUCAGGGAGCUGUCCUGCUCUCAUAGAGGAUACCUACACAGGGGUUGGUACAACCAUUUUUGCCCUGGCGGGGAGAAGACCCUGGUGCCCCAGUUGGGGCAGAUAUCAGAGUUCCGGGUUGCCCACCAAGCUCAAUUUGUAUUCAAUCAAGUUGAUUCAUUCUCUUGGGGUAUAUAUAUUUGCCAAAGGAAAACCAGUGUGCCCACGAGAUGUGUAAACUGAAUUUCGGACCGCUGGUCACAGCACAGACAUGAACAACCGCAGUGUGCCAUCGCCUCUGUACAUUGGGGUCACUACAGAGCCUAGCACCAUCACCCCACCCUUUAACAGCACCACUGGAUCUCCUAACAUGGGCAGCUGGUUACUGUCUCUUGGCAUUGUCACUGUGAUCGGACUGGCUGUGGCAAUGGUUCUGUACAUCAGAAAACAAAAGAGACUGGAAAAGCUCCGCCAUCAGCUGAUGCCCAUGUAUAACUUUGAUCCAGCAGAGGAGCAAGAAGACCUGGAGCAGGAGUUGCUGGAGCCAAAUAGAGAUGCACAGCCCCAAGGAAAGGUACUACUCACCAGUCUGUGCCCGCUUCAGAGGCCCACUCGCCUUGUUUUCACCGAUGUGGCCAACUCGAUCAGCGCUUGAUUGGGAAUUCUUCAUUAGAUGCGAUGACAUCUGCGGCCAGAUGAUAGGUGUCACCAUGUCAUUUGUGUCACCGUGCACAGGGGUAGAACCACGGAGGGUUGAUCUAGUGCAACUCUAGUUACAAAACUCUUCCUCAACCAAGUCUGCCUCAGAGGUCUACACAAUCCACUAUAUAUUACCACAAUUCUGAAUACUUCUCCUGCAUAAGAAAGCAUUUUGUCUGCCUCAAAUCCUCAUGUUCUGCUGUGGUCUUUGCCAUGCUACAUGUACCAUUCUCUGUCCAAGCUAGGACAUGCUACUUGGCCUGUUCCAUUAUAUAUUUUACUCUAUGCCUUCACAGGGGGGUCUCUCUGACCAUUUGUUUUGGAUUUAGUGGCACUUUGAUAUAUGCUUGCAUGAUCACACGUUGGAUUUUGUUGCACCAUUGUUCAUGCUUCUAUAUUCUAUACUCCAUUCUAUAACAUGCAACUUUCCCUCUGCUGUGACAUAUACUGAGAGAAUGUUUUGCUAAGCACACAUUUCUUUGCUCUCCUCUCCGCUAUGGUGCACUUUUUUUUUUACUUACACACUAUUUUGUACAAA